UGUUCUUUUGCCUCAGCUGGUAUAGCACAGCCGAAUUUUUCGACCCCCUAACGACAGAGCCGUGGGCAUAGUAUUGUAUUUUAUUGUCUUACCAAUUUUAUAUUUUCUCUGCGGCUUUGAUUCAGGCUCUGUCUGCAAACGAAAAAAGCGAGCAAACGGCAAGAAGAAAAUGCGAACUACCUUUCCGAUUCAUUUUCAAGUAACAUCUCUCUAAAGCGAAUCUUUAGCGAAUGGCACAUGGACAAAGCAUAUCGUUGUCAAUUUCUCUUCAAUAUUAACCUUAAAUAGGGCUUUAACUCUUUUAUCGGACAAAAAUGAUUAGUUUUGCUUAGUGUUGCUCUUUCGCUGGCCUUAGGGCUUAUAUAUGCUCAAUGAUUGAGACAGCUGGCAGCUAAUCGUGUUAGUCAAUUAGCUUGCUAGCUAACGUUAGCACGUCGAGGUAAUCCUUUUGCUUAAAGUAAUCCCAACCUUGAAGAAUUCGUCGUUCUUUUUUUUACUUACAAAGAAGAACACACUAUUCUUAAAAAAAAACAAAAAACAUACGUCAUCUGAUUUAUAUUAAUAGCUGGAAUCUUAUCUAAAAUACUUGCUUGAGAUAUUAAAAGAAGAUGGAGCUCAACCUACAUAGAGUUGAUUAUACUCAGGUUGGUGUGACAUCACAGAAAACAAUGAGGUUACUUCCAGCUUUGGGGAAAAAAGCAACCCAAAAGGUUGCCAUAGCUGAUCAUGAUGGUGUUAUUACAUGUUUUGGGAUGAAAAGGGGGGAAGCUGUGCCCGUCUUUAAAUCACUCCCUGGACCAAAAAUAUCCAGAAUGGACCUUGGAGGUGCAGUGGGAACUCCACAGGAGAAGAUCUUUGUCUGCUCUGGUUCACAGGUUCGAGGAUUCACUAAGAAAGGCAAACAGUUCCUCACCUUUGAUGCAAACCUCACAGAGAAUAUUAACGCCAUGAAUGUCUCAGGAGCGGACCUUUUCGUAUGUGCAAGUUACAUCUACAACCACUACUGUGACUGCAAGGACCAAGACUAUUUCCUUUGUGGAGACAAAAUUAAUGACAUCACAUGUUUAUCCUCUGAAAAACUUCCUCACCUCCUUCCUGUGUUGGCUUGCCAAGAUCGAGUUCUCAGAGUCUUACAGGGAUCUGAACUGGCUUAUGAUGUUGAAGUUCCCGGCCCUCCAUCUGUUCUGGAACUUUAUAAUAAAAAUGGAGGGGAGGAAGUCCUAUAUGGAACCACAGAUGGAAAAAUAGGCCUGGUUCAGAUCACAGACUGUGCUGCUGCAACCAAAUGGGAAAUUGAAAAUGAAAAAAAGAAAGGAGGAAUUCUUUGCAUUGAUAACUACGACAUCGUUGGAGAUGGAGUGAAUGAUAUUCUGGUUGGCAGGGAUGAUGGGACAGUGGAAGUGUACGGUUUUGACAGCUCCAAUGAGCCAAUGCUACGCUUUGAACAUGUAUUAACAGAGAGCGUAACCUCCAUCCAAGGUGGCUGUGUGGGGAAGGAGUCUUAUGAUGAGGUCUUAACCGCCACCUAUACAGGAUGGGUGACUGGGCUAACCACUGAGCCCCAGAGGGCUGAUGCUGCAGCAGGAGACGAGGUCAGGAUGAGCAAAGAGACUCAGUCUAAAAUAGAAGCACUCAGGGCAGAGCUCGAGCAACUGCAGAUUAAAGUCCUUCAGGGUCGUGAGAAUUACCAACAGACCAGUCAGUCCAGCACGGCCGUCUCUGCCGUGCCCAUCUUCAACAUUAAUGACAAGUUCACCCUCUGCGAGGAUGACGCCAGCUACAGUCUCACUCUGGAAGUGCAGACGGCCAUUGACAACCUGCUCCUGCAGAGCGAUGUCCCCAUAGACCUGUUGGAUGUAGAUAAAAACUCAGCUGUUGUCAGUUUCAGCGAAUGCGACUCAGAGCAACCUAAUGGAAACUUCCUUCUGGCCACAUACAGAUGUCAGGCCAACACAACCAGACUUGAACUUAAGGUGAGAUCCAUUGAGGGACAGUAUGGAACCUUGCAGGCUUAUAUUACACCCAGGCUGCAGCCUAAGACCUGCCAGGUUCGGCAGUAUCAGAUCAAGCCGCUUUCCCUCCACCAGCGGACACACAGCAUAGACCCAGACAGGCCAAUGAACCAGCUCAGUUUGGUUGGGCAGUUCAGUUUUGCAGAGAUUCACUCCUGGGUGGUUUUCUGUUUGCCAGAGGUGCCUGAAAAAACGCCUGCUGGGGAGAGCGUUACGUUCUACUUCCAGAACACUUUCCUCGGCACACAGCUGGAAGCGGCUUACUGCAAAGGGGAGGGUCGCUUUAAGUCGGACAACAUUUCUACCAUCUCUAUACUCAGAGAUGUCCUCUCUAAAGAGGCAACCAAAAAGAAAAUUAAUCUAAAUAUUUCAUACGAUAUAAAUGAAGAUUCUGUUGGCCACACUCUUCGGAUGAUCCAUCCAAAGCUGGAGUACCAGUUACUGCUGGCUAAGAAAGUUCAGCUUAUUGAUGCUCUCAAAGAACUCCAGGUCCAUGAGGGGAAUGCUGAUUUCCUGAUCCCAGAGUAUCGCAGCAUCUUGGACGAGUCUGCCGAUCUUCUGGAGGAGUACAAGAAGCAGCCAGCACAUCUUGAAAGGCUCUAUGGAAUGAUCACUGAUCUUUUUAUCGACAAUUUCAAGUUCAAGGGGCAGAAUGUGAAAACAAAGGUGUCAUCAUUGCUGGAGAUUCUUGAUAAUUAUGAUUUGGAUUCCCUGUUGGACUUUUUCAGUGAGCCGUGAAGCCAAACUGAACUUUUUAUUUUCUAGCUGCUUUGUUAAACAAAACUAAUGUUGAAAUAGGUAUUUUAUUGUACUCAGAAAGUACUUAUGUUAAUAGAAUAUUGACGUUGUAGGAUUAUAAAAUGUUAAUUCAUAUUUUGGUAUGGCUUGUAAAACUAGUAUAUCCUGAUCAAUUAUAAAAUAUUAAAGGAUAUGUUUGAUGUUGAUGUAACAUGUUCAACAAUUCAAAAGAAAAAG